UUUAUAUCCUCUAAUUACUUGACUAUUUUCUUAAAUAUUUUAUAUAUUCUAGGUGCCAUAUAUUGUGAACGCCAUCUAUCAAAUAGGUCACAUUCUUCCACCUUGUUUAUAAUAGAAAUAUUGGUUAUUUCUAUUUUUUUAUGUAAUCAGUCAUAAUCGCAUAUCAUUUAUAAAACAUAAUAUAAACCUUACAAAUUCACGGUUACUCAAUAUAAAAGCAAUUUAUUAUACGCAUUGUAAUGACCUAAUGACAUGUCCUUUCGUGGUGCAUAAAAAAUAUAUUCUCAUUAUCCUAUCCUUUCUACUAAUAUACGCUUUAUACUUGUUGAGGCAUUUUGACCAAAAAUAUUGGAUUAAUUAUAUAAACGUUAAUUUUAAAAAUAAUUCCAUAAAUUCGGGAAAAUUAUUUAAACAUGAUGAUGAAUAUAGCGAAUACGUUAAUCUUCUACCUACUACAUCAAGAUUUAGCUUUGAGAGCAAAAAUAUAGAUAUCAUAUGCGAACCGGAUUAUAUUAAAAAUAAUGGGAAGCCUAUAUGCAGACCCCGAUGCCCAAAAGGUUACUUUUACUUAAAUGAAAUGAUAGCAUGCCACCCAUGGUUAAGCUGCAGUGAUAUACGGAGUGAUGUCAGACUCGGGCCUAAAAUUGGUAAUGGAAACAUCAAAAAAGUUUAUAUAGCAAGAUGGAAAAAUAUAGUACUUGUAGUUAAUCGUGGAAAUCCAUCUUUCUUCAAGUCCUAUUUUAAUCCAGGUAUUAAAAGCUUAAUGGCAAUGCAACCUAGUCCACACAUUACUCAGUAUAUCGGCCAUUGUCGAAACUUCCUGUUAACUGAAUUUCAUCCUUUAGGGGACUUAGGCAAGCUAAACAUAAUUCUAUCCCAAUCAUUAUCUCAUUUGGAUACCUUGUUGACUCGUUUCCAGAUAUGUUUAGAUUACGCUACUAUUCUAUCCUUUCUAACCGAUCCUGAAAAAAUGUCUGGAGGCGUCAGAAUAAUGUGCGAUACUUCAUCAUUAAAAAAGUUGUUAGGUCAAUAUCUUCUGACAAAUAGUUUAAGGAUCAUACUGAACGACGUAGAAAGUUUACCUUUUAUUAACUACGCAAAAGGUCACAACACAACUAAAUGCGGAAAGAAGCCUAAAGUCGGACUCUUUUCAGCGCCGGAACAAAGAUGGCCUAUUGGACUCAGUUACAAAAAGUCUCGCCAGAUUUUGUACGAUGAGAAAGCAGACAUAUGGAAGUUACCUGACGUCUGCAAUUACAUUUUGGGCAAUAUCAAUGGUAGUCGACAAUUCAAAAGGUAUUUGCUAGAGAAAGUUCAUCUUCAAUGCAAGAAUAAAGACCCCAAACUUCGUCCCAGCGCAAUUCAAAUUUUGCGAAUUUAUAAAAACAUAUACAAUGAAUUAGUUGACUAAAAAAAACUUGUGCAUAUAUACUUCAUAUUUUAUUAUUAUAAAAUAAACAGUGCUUAUCAAAUAAACUACGAUAAUUAUUUCUAAAA